ACGCGUGUGCAUUAGAGGAGCCGUGAGUCUCAAUGUUUGGAUUGAAUCAGCUGUCCCGAUCACCGCUGGAGACCAUGUCCAGUGCUGUGGAGAAACAGAAGCGACUUUUGCCGCUGUUCCAGCAUGUGUCUUUUUCUACAAGGGAUAAAUUCGUUAUGCGGGUGCAGCGAGACCCACGGCUCGCUGGCUUGGGUAUCCUGGGCAGAGGAGUCCUUUUCUCGUGCUUCCAUGAAGACCAUUUGCAGGAAGCUACUCAACUGUAUGAAGUUCUUCUCACUGCACCGACAUUCGAAGAAUUCUUAGAUUUAUGUCAUCAGUGCAGAGAUUACGUAAAUGAAGGAUUAUAUGCUUAUGCAGUAUCUGUAGCCCUGCUGCACAGAAAAGACUGCCGUGGAGUGAGCCUUCCACCAGUACAAGAGAUAUUUCCGGACAAAUUCGUUCCGGUAGAAACUCUGUACAAAGCUUACAAGGAGACCAAGCUGCAUGCGCCUGAAGAUGAGGUCAUUAUCAAUAUUGAGAAGACUGGCAAUAUCAUGGACCCAGAGUACAACCUUGCUUACUACAGAGAGGACAUCGGCAUCAACGCACAUCAUUGGCACUGGCAUCUUGUGUAUCCCGCAACCUGGAGGUCGGAAGUGAUCGGCAGGAUCAAAGAUCGAAAAGGCGAAAUCUUUUUCUAUAUGCAUCAACAAAUGUGCGCCAGGUACGAUUGCGAGCGAUUGUCUAACAACAUGCCUCAGAUGGUUCCUUUCCACAACUUCGAUGAACCCUUGGAAGGUUAUUCUCCUCAUCUGAGUUCCAAUAUCAACGGAUUGCCUUAUUCAUCUCGUAAUGCUGGUCGACGCCUGGCCGAUCUUCCAGAAUGCGCAGUUCAUGACUUGGACAGAUGGCGUGAGAGAAUUUUAGACGCCAUUGAUCUGGGAUUUGUAGUUGACCAGAAUGGUGCAGAGACACCCCUAGACGAAGUGCAUGGCAUCGAUAUUCUCGGCAAUCUAAUUGAAUCCAGCUAUGACUCAAUAAACGCACCAUUUUAUGGAAGUCUCCACAACUGGGGACAUGUCCUCAUGGCUGCAGCUCAUGAUCCUGAUGGAAGAUUCAAGCUGAACCCAGGAGUUAUGGACGACACGGCCACCUCUCUGCGAGAUCCUAUCUUUUACCGCUGGCACAGAUUCAUUGAUGACUUAUUCCAGACCUACAAGAGAACUCUUCCCGUCUACAGCCAUGAAGACUUGGAGUUCCCAGGUGUAGUCGUGAAAGACCUCUGCGUCCGUGCCAAAACACCCGACGUAGUCACCACUUUCUUCAAAAAGGACGUUCUUGAUGUUUCGCAUGCUUUCUACUUUGGUAGAACAGGAAAAGUCAAGGUCCGAUAUGAGCAUUUGGACCACGAACCUUUCAUAUACAAGUUUGUAGUGGCAAACAGUGGAACGAAAACUAGGCAUGCCAAAGUAAGGAUCUACUUGGGACCAAAAUACGAUCACUUGGGCAAUGAAAUCAAACUUGCCGACCUCAGAAGACUUAUGAUUGAACUGGAUUCCUUCCAUGUUGAAUUGAAACCAGGCUCGAACACAUUCGAACGUCGCUCUAUCGAUUCCAGCGUCACACUGAGCAAGCAGAAGACGUUAGCUGAGUUGCUGAAAGGUGAAGGUGCUGACAGAAGAGGCGAUGAAUAUUGCAGCUGCGGAUGGCCUGACCAUCUUUUGGUGCCUAAAGGAAAGAAUGUUGGAAUGAAAUUCCAUCUCUUCGCUAUCCUUACCGACUAUUUUGCAGAUACCGUCAACGAUCAUGGUCGUACCAGUGAAUGCAUUGAUGCUGUCAGUUACUGUGGUGCCAAAGACCAGCUAUUCCCCGACAGACGUGCAAUGGGAUUCCCCUUCGACAGAGAAAUCACCGCUGAUGUAAAGGAGUGGCUGCUACCCAACAUGUUCGAUAAGAUAAUCAGUAUCCAACACGUCUAAGACACCGCCUGUGCGAUCGAAGAUUGUCUCGUCAGAAUGUUACAGGAAAUCGCUCAACAAUAAGCUUCGAACUCAAAUUACACGUUGUAAUCAAAUACGAAAUAUGCACUUACGAAUUAAUUGAACAUAUGUGGGAAAAGAAAAAAGAAAACUUGUCAAUAAAUAGCAACAUAAUGGCAACAGUGAACUAUACUCGCUUAGUUACUAACACCUCUCUCAACAUUUGGGUACAUUUUCUGAGCGGGAUUUAUAAUUUAUAACAAUUAUAUUGUAAUUAAAGAAGAUGUAUUAAAAAUGGAGAGCUUAAUUUUGGAACAAUAGCAGAAACAUACACACAUACAUCCCAACAGUUAAAUUAAUGUUAAAGCAAAAUUAAAUGUACCAUAUUUAGAACCAAUAAAGGAUUAUUAAUGUGCAA